AYGAUMAAAAAAAAAGACAAAUCAAGAAGUUCUAUUGUUGAAACAUGAAAUAUUCAACGUUGUUAACUGUUAGUACAUCAUUAUUAACAAUAAGAUUGUUCCAUCUAUAUAUAAUUCAUUCAUGGUAUGUCCCAGAUGAAUACUGGCAGUCUUUGGAAAUUGCUCAUUAUAUUACUUUUGGUUUUGGAUAUCGCACUUGGGAAUGGAUUGUAGGUAUAAGAAGUUAUAUAUGYAUUUCAUGGAUUGUAUUGGUUUAUAAGAUUUUAAAAUUUUUCUCCCUGGACUCAUUACAACUYUUAAUAUGGAGUCCACGCUUUCUACAAACAAUUUUUUCAACAAUUUCGGAUUUUUGUUUUGUGGCCUGGGUACAAAAACACUCUAAAUGUUCAAAUGUAUUUUGGCCAGUAGUUUGUUAUAUGUCAAAUCCAUUUUUGGCAUAUUGUUCGACACGCACCUUAGUCAACACAUUGGAAACCAACUUGACAACAAUUGCCUUGUAUUAUUAUCCUUGGUCAUUGAAGAAUAAAGACGUCACAUUUUUAUGGAUAGUUGCUUUUGUUUGUGUUAUGCGUCCAACAGCAAUAAUAGUGUGGCUACCAUUAAUUGUGUUUGAUGUUUUUACUCAUAAACGUUACACUCUAAGUAACCUAAUAAAGUAUAUUAGUAUUGGUUUGACAUCUCUUAUUUUUUCUAUAACAAUGGAUACAUACUUUCAUGGUUCUUUUGUUGUUACACAGUGGAAUUUUUUGUAUUAUAAUAUUAUAAAAAAAGUCAAUGCUCACUAUUCCGUGGAACAUUGGUAUUGGUACUUUGUCAGUGGAUUACCACCAGUUUUGGGACCUAUAUUUUUUAUAUUAAUUUAUUGUCUGAUUAAAAAAAUAAGUCACAUCAAUCUUUAUGAUACUGAUUCUAAGUUGGUAGUCACAAUAAUUUGGUCUGUGUCUGUUUUAAGUAUGGUUGCUCAUAAAGAACAAAGAUUUCUACUACCGUUGUUUCCAAUGAUAUUCUUUAUUACAUCUCAACAAAUUUCUAUAGUUUGUAAAAAGUUUAUAAAAUUAAGAACUUUAAUAGUUAUAUUAAAUAUCACAGUAUUAAUUUAUUUGGGGCGGUAUCAUCAAAUAGGAUCAACCAGAGUUAUGUCAUAUUUAAAUACUUAG